UCGGUGAGGAUCAUCAUCGGUGUCAAUUUUGGCUUCCGCCCGUACACUGGUCACAUAAUAGUUUCUGCAACUGCGGCUGCGGAUCCGCUUCCUCUUGCUGGCUGUGGGCUGCAUUCUUCGUCUCCCUUCUUUCUACCUUCCGUACGCAGUGAAACAGUUGCAUCGGUGGUGAUGGUGGUGGUGGUCAUGAUGAAAAUGAAUGCUCAAUAAAACGAAAACCCAUCAUUGUUGAGUCAAUUAGUGUAUUUAGCGUCCCGAAAAUCGUCCCCGUGUUCAUGACAACUCGUAAGCAAUUCCCAAUGAUAGGUUUUAAUCCAGUGCAGUGCUCCAACCUGACCUAAGUAUUUGUGAGUGUAAGUGUGUGUGUGUGUGUAUGUGUAUGUGUUAUAUUUUUAGUGUGUAAAUGUGUACAAUGCAGUGCAAAAGUACGACUUAAUAUCAAAUGUUCAUUCCUAAAUGUAAGCAAAAAAAAAAAUAAAGUCGUUUCAUGUGAAGCGUCACAUUCCUUGGCUCAGUGUGUAAUGUGUGUUUACGAAACCAACACACCGUCACGCCAGUGAAUAUGAGCAGCAAGCAGAAAAAGCCCGUCAGCAAAUUUGGCCGAGGCAGCGCAAGCGGCUACCAGCAAAAUCCAGUGCUUCCGGGAAUGGGCAGGUUAAAUUGAAUUAGUAUCAGCAGGGAAAAUCCCGGCCCACUCUACAUUGACGAACCGGUGCGUCCAGUGUGUGCGUGUGUUUGUCUGUGUUUGUUGGUUAAUUUCCCCCCCCCCCAAAGUGUAGCCAAAAAGAAAGCGAAGGUGUUGAGUGCAAAUCGGUGGGAAAUCCCUUCCAGUUCUGUGCGAAGCGUGUAAAUUAAAAUUUACACGAAGGUGAAAUAUAUCCUCUGCUUCCGUCACGGAAACGUCAUCCCGGGCCGAAAACAUGCCGUUCGGUCGGAAAUCCCCGCUGGAGGCACUGGCCAUGCCCGGUGCCAUUAUUGCGUACAAAUACAGCCAGUUCCGGCAGCGCCGCCGGGAGGCAGCGAAUCGGCGCGUGACGGAACGGGAGCUGUCGGCACUGCACACGAAAAUUGAAAAACUGCUCAGCAAGCUCGAAGAGAGCGAACUCGAGCCGCCAACAUCGCAGGAGGACGAGUGCGUCAUCUGCAUCAAUGCGCGGGCAACGAUGCAAACGUCCCCGUGUGGCCACCGUGUCGUGUGCCGCCGGUGCUUCGUCAAAACGAUCCAAAGUGCCGUCGCGCAACGGUUGCUCCCUUUGCGCUGUGUUAUCUGCAGAGCGAGAAUAAAUCGUCUUACCUCGGGCUCGACUUCCUGGCGCUUGCAAGGCUCGGCCAGCACGUACUCGAUGGGCAGCAAGAGCUGGAGCGUCCCCGGGUCCGCCAGCUCGUACAGCGUCGAUGCGCGGGUCACCCAGUCCGCCAGCCUGUACUCGAUGAGCUCCGGGUCGUCGUGCGUGUCCGGUAUCUCGAACAUGUCCAGCUGCUCCGGCACGUCCGGCACGUCCGGUAUGUCUUCCACGUCGUCGACGAGCGGCACCACGGAUGGGUCGCUGCACGGCCACAGCCAUCGGCACGGGUCGGGGGGCGGCGGUUGCACCAGCAGCUGCAGUACGAGCGGUUGCCUCGGUGCAGUGCCGCGCAAUCCCGCCUACCAGCACUACCACAAAAAGGGACAAUACUACAUGAAGAGCCGUAUUCCGGAGAUGCCAAAUCGGUUGCCACCGAUCAUUGAGUUCAAGAGCCCCACACGCCACCGGACGCCUUCCCCUGCCAAUCCGGGCGCUCGGUUUAAAUACUACACCCAACCGGGCAAACCGGCGAACCCGGUCGAAUCGAUACCGCUGAUGACGGUGGAAAAGAUCGGCGGUGUCGGUGGCGGCCCGGCCAGCAAGUCCGGCCCUUCCAAGCUCGGGCUGAACGCGAAAAUCGCACCAGUCGCUUCCAAAUCGCCCAUCAACAAAACGAACAUGGCCACCGGGAAACCGGUCACCACGUCGCUCAUAACGGCCGUCAACAGCUCCACGCCGAAGGCACGCGUACUGUCCGCUUCCUCGGCCACGGCCGGCCCUUCCGGGCUGGGCAGGGCGGGCAGUGGUAGUGGCAGCAGCAAGGGCGGCGAUAGUGGCGUUGGGAUGGGCUGCAGCAGUACCAGCUCGUUGGCCACCAGCGCCAGCGGCAGCAAGCAGGACGAAAAGUACGACAAUAAGAAGAACGAAACGAUCGAGAAGAAGAAGAAGGAGGAAAAGGCCAAACAGAAGGCGGAAAAGGAGGCCCGAAAGGAGGAAAAACGCAUUGCCAAAGAGGAGGAAAAGCUCGCCAAAAUGCUUGCGAAGGAGGAAAAGAAGCGGGGCAAGCGGGAGGCAAAGGAGGCGCUGCUUGCCCACGAAGGUGGAAAUGGGUUAAAGUAAGGAGGGGAAGAGUACGGCAAACAAAACACAAUAAAAAUGCAUAGCUUCCAAAGCAAUUGAGCAAAAGAGAUUGAACAAAAAAAAAACGGCAAAUUGCACAUGAUUAGACGUGAAACGUGGUUUCAGCGAAGCUUUUUUUUAAAGCAGUUUGUGGAUAGAGAGAGAGAGUAAGAGAAGGCGCUGUGGCGGGUUUUGUUAUCCAGCAUGUUUAAUCAACUGCCGGUUUUUGAUUCGUUCGCUUUCGUUCGAAACUAAUCCCCCAAUACACCACAACAGUUUGGAUCAUAUUGAUUCAUUUAAUGCAAUUCAAUUGCCAGCCAGGGCUCUGUAGAAGCAGGGUUUUUUUGUUUUAUUUUAUUUUUAUACUACUUUUUCGUACUCGUUUUCUUUGUAAUUGUACUAAUCAAGUGAAAAGUUUAAUAAGGCUAGGUUUUUUUUUAAGAGCAAACAUAAUCUCUAAGUGGUUUAAAAACUAGCUGUAAAGCAAAAUAAUUGUUACGAGAAAGUAAUUAAAAAAGCAAAAAUAAGGCAAACAUUGCGAACGCGAUAUCAAAUCAGAAAUCGCAAAACAAACAGUUUCAAUACAGAGUUAUAAACAGUAGGUAAAACACGCAAACAUAUCACAUUCAUCCCACGUAGAAAAAAGAAAGAAAAGAAGAAAACAAACAUACAAGCUAUCAAAGAAAGAAAGAAGAAACAAGAAGGAUAAAAGGGAAGUGUUUCAAAGCGUUCAUAUUAGUUCUCUGGUGUGUAUCACUAUCACUUCACUUGUUAACAAAAAAAACAAAAAAAGAAAGAAGAACAAAAAAACAGUAGAAAACAACAGCAAGCUGCUUGCGAAUGGCAAUAAGUGUAAAAUCUAUGUUCCUAAGUCGAUUCGAUUCGUGCGCAAAAAACGGUGAACAUAAAGAGGCAACGAAAUAACAUGCUGAAGCGCGUAAAUAAUUUCACUCUAUUUUACUGAUACUUUGGAAUGUCCCCUUUCAACCCUGUUGCGUUUUGAAUAGAAUAGAACAAUUCCCACCAUUUCCAACCAAGACAGGCAGGUACGCAGAAGGUCUAAAAGCGAUCCACCACUUCCAUCAUUUGAAGCAUUUUAAGCAUUCAUUAUCACUUCUCCUUGUGGUAGUUUUGUGCAUAAUCAAUAGUUUUAGGAAAAAUGAAACAAAAUAUAAUCUAUUACUUGUCCAGUUUUCGGGUUUUUUUUUGGUAUCUUAACAAAAAGUAAAAACAACAACAACGGAUCACACUUCGCGUACACACAACAAAGCUCACUGUGAUAGGUCGGUAAGUGUUGUCGCGCGCAUCGGGCAGAUCGGAUCGGAGAGCAAUGCAAAAGCAAAAACAAAAACCAGUAAAGCAA